GCGCCUAGUUCGAACAAAACAAUAAUGUUAAAUAAUAUUUUUGCAGUGUUUUGCUCCAUAUAGUGCAUUGAUCAUGCACAAUGAACACCAUAGAAGAACAACCACCUUAUAAGGAUUCAAAAAAUGAAAAGAAUACAAAGGUACCAACAAUUGAAGACUUUGUCUUUAUUAAACCGAUUAGCAGAGGAGCCUUUGGGAAAGUGUUUCUUGGACACAAGAAGAAUCAGACGGACACUGUGUAUGCAAUCAAGGUCAUGAAGAAGUCUGACAUGAUCAACAAAAACCUGACUAGUCAAGUGGUUACAGAGCGAGAUGCAAUGGCAAAAGUGUCCAGCCCCUUUAUCGUGAAACUGUUCUAUUCCAUACAGUCCCAACAGAACAUCUUCCUGAUUAUGGAAUACCUGGUAGGAGGAGAUGUAAAGAGCCUUCUUGGUGUGGUGGGCUACUUUGACCAACCAAUGGCCAUAAUGUACGUGGCUGAGGUCACCCUGGCUCUUGAGUACCUCCACAGCAAGCGCAUCAUACACAGAGACCUGAAGCCAGACAAUAUGCUGAUCACAGACCGAGGCCACAUCAAACUCACAGAUUUUGGAUUGUCCAAGUUCAACAUGAGCUUCAAUGCUGAUGUACCCAUGACCCCUAGGACACCGAUGCCAUACAGCUUGAAGAAUUACAAUGCACACCGAACUCCUGGGCAGAUCUUAUCCUUGAGAUCAUCUCUAGCUUUUAGCAGUGAUGGUGACCAGUCUAGUUCCUUGUACAGCCCCCAUCCGAUGGUGAUGUCUCCGCUUGCUGAGGUGUCCUUUAAUAUGCAGCAGAGGCAGGCUGGCCCCGCCUCCCAUGCUACACCAUGUCGCCCAACCCGUGACUUGGCAGGCCCUGGUGCCCACAAAACUCCCGGCCCUGCCCACCAGACACCACGGAUCAACCCCAAUAGGCUACUGAAGCAGAAGUCUAUGAGGGAUGAGCUCCUCUCUCAAUCCGCAUCCAAGGUCUUGAGUUGUCACAGUAUGCAAGCUUCAACACCAGGCCGCACAGCAAACAAGGUUGCUCCCGUGUCCAGCCUUAUGACGACACUAGAGGCGUCAGCAGACUGGACGCAGUCGACAGGCUGCAAUAUGGAAGAUGUGAGCAGCUCUGUCAACAUUGAGGACAUUAGCUCAAUCCAUCUAGCACGCCCUAUAGGCCUUUCAUGUAGAGAUAGUCUUGAUGUCAAUUCUCAUCUCGACUCCAUUGGAACGGAACAAAGCCAAGAUUCGGAUGAUGUUUUCUUUGGCAAUUCUUUCAAGUCUUCUGUAACUGGGGAGGUUUCGGAGAAUUCAAUAAUUAAGCAGGAAAAUGUUGGAAGCUCCGAACGUCAUAAUGGGAAAUGUUCAUGCAAGGCUGACAGAAGGGAGCGCCAUUGCUCAGAGUGUGACAGCCACUGCAAGGUGCCGUCGAGACAAGAGCGGAUGACUGACGAUACUCCCCAGAUGCAUCGGACUGACGAGUCUGUGUGGAGCUCGUAUGCAGCCAGGAACUUACGGUCGUUGAGACAUGGGUCGUAUUCCGAGGAUACUGAUGGUGAUAGUGACAAUAAAGAAAAUGGGGGAAUCACUAGCGUAGAAGGUAGCCAAUGCGAUGUUUUUGGUCAAGUGAAAGAAAAACAAGAAGUACAGCAACUGCGACAUUCCCUCAGUUUUAGUGUUUUUGAUGACAUAAAGGCCAAGUGUGGUACAAGCAAUUAUCAAAGAAGUAAACCAAGAAAACUAGUCAAAACAAAAAGUUUUUGUUAUCCUUCUGAUGAGGAGAGUGACUCUGAUGUAAGUCGAUACCAAGAUCGUGUACGGUUUGCAAGAAAACGCAGUUUCUGUCAUGUUGAAGUGAGUCCUGUACGGCGUACGCAUAGUGCAGAUUCUGGGCUCACCCAGGAGUUCAGAAUGUUGAAAUGUGGGAGCAGCGGGGAACCGCUGUAUAAGAGGAGUAACUCCAUACCACGUACAAGGAUUAGAUUUCCUAGUGGUCAGGAUGGUAAAGAAAAGCCAUCUUGUCAUAAACCUGGAGCAUCGGGUCGGUGUAAUCCUGAUAAAACAAGGCAAUGCCUUGACCGAAUCACUACUGACUGCAAGAAGUUAUACAGCUCAGAUAACUUGGUGUCCCUGUCGGCGGAUGAACAGAGACUUGUAGAGGGACAUAGUGACACGUCGGAAUCUGAGAGAAUGACAUCAUCAGGAGGUAAAUCUGGGAUGCACAGUGGGGACGAAGAGAAAUCUACAGGCCAGGAUUCUAAAUGUGUAUCUGAAGAUUUUCUUGAUAGCCCUAUCUUCACACAGAUGAAAUCUGAACAAAACAGGCAUGAUAAUCUACCUCAAAAAGGACCUGUGAUUGAUAAGCGGAUUGCUAAACUUCAAAAGCCUUUUGCUUCUAGUUUAAAAUCGGAGGGUGAGGUUGAUCCAUUCAGCCCAAACCUGUCUAGUAUCCAGGACAGCUCACAACAUGGUUGGAUGGAUAUGUCUGUGUUCACGCCACCACCUGAGGGGAAUGUUCUGAAUCAGGAGAAAUGCGGGUCCCCACAAGCCCAGCAUGAAGCCAAGCCGCUUUUUCCACCUCCUGCGCCAAGGACAAGGCAUCCAUCAGGCAAGAAGAUCCCCGCCAAUAUUAACCUAGGGGAGAGAACCCCAGCCAAGCUAACGGAAGGGGACGCCUUGCGUCAUCGAAAUAGCUCAGAGGGAUCCACAUCUUCUUGUAUUGCCAUGACUCCAGAGCCUUAUUUAAAGGUACAUUUCCAAACCCCAGAUGUAAAGCGGACUCCUUGUGCCCCUGUUACCCGGUUCCAUUCAUUUUCACAUCCCCUUAAGACGCCAUACAGGACCCCUAAGUCUGUGCGACGGGUCCCACCCCCCACAGAAGAAGAAAGAAUUCUUGGGACACCUGAUUACCUUGCCCCUGAAAUCCUCCAGCAAAAACCACAUGGUCCCGGUGUAGACUGGUGGGCUCUGGGGAUCUGCAUGUUCGAGUUUCUGACUGGCGUGCCUCCCUUCAACGACGAAACACCGGAACUUGUCUUUGAAAAUAUAUUAAAACGAGACAUACCGUGGCCAGAAGGGGAGGAAGCUAUCAGCCCGGAAUGUCAAGACGCCAUCGAGGCUCUGCUUAACCCAGACGCCAUGCACCGACCUGGGGCCAGAGUUGUGCGUCAUAUGCCGGUGUUUGAGGGUAUACACUGGGCCCACUUACUGGACUCUGAGGCACCCUGGGUCCCCGAGCCCAAUGACGCCACUGACACCACAUACUUUGAAGCGCGAAAUUUGAUGCAAAAUCUUCUUGUAUCUGACGUGGAUUUCUGAGGGUUGGAUCUGCUGCUAUCGGACGUGGAUUUCUGAGUGUUGGAUCUGCUGCUAUCGGACGUCAAUGUCUUUUUAAAACUCAAUAUUUUUCUCAAUGUCUCAUAUUUGCAAAGUUACCACACUUGACUUAUCAUCUUCCAUCAAACCGCUCCCCCUGUAAAUAUGUUGGGCCCUUGUCACAUUCUGUGAUGGCUGUAGUUAUUUCAAUAGCUGAAUAUACUUGUUCAUAAGAAUUCUUAUAACAUAUUCCUAUUAUUAUGACACAUUGAUUAUGACGUAGUAUAUUUUUGGUAACCGGUUAGUUAUAUGUUAUUAUAUUGUUGGUAAUAGUUUUUGUUAAUUCUUACAACUUGUCAAUUUAGCUGAAAUAGUUUUUGUACUAACCAUGACACUGUCAUUGUAUUCAUAAUUUUACUUUGUUAUCUUAUACUUAUUAGAAGCAAACAUGGAUUUAUUAACCGAUUUUUCUUGUCCUCUAUAUAUACUUUUUACAUUUUGUACAUUUCUCAUUAUGUUGUCUCCCUUUUGACUUUACUGUAAAUUUGUCAUUAUUCUUAUUCCUAUACUUCUUUUUUUUCUUCACCAAAAUUUUUACCGGAGCAGAACAUGAAAACUACUUGAAGGUUUUCAAUGAAACUUGGAACAUAGAUAGAUACUGAUGUUAACUUUUGCAUCCUCAUAACUGGGGCACUUUAUAUCAAAAUUGUCUCCUCUGGUUCAUCUUUCUUAUAAUGCAAACUUCUUUUGAUAGAGACUAUGUGAAGAUUAGCACUCAAAUUCAAGGGCACUUGAUUGCAGAUCUUCCUUUAUUUCUUUAGUUAGUUUUCAGAUUGUCAGCUUUAGAAGAAAAUGUCAGGUUUUUGUCAUUGCCUUUUGCCAAAAACUUGAACCUUAGCCAUUCCUCAAUAACAGUUAAAAAAUCUGUCUUUGAUAACAUGAAUCAUAUCUUAUGUAUGGAACUGAAUCUUGAUACAUGUUACUAAAGACUAUGUUGGCUUUUUUAAUUAUUAUGUCCUUUAUUCCACUGAAAAAAAACAACACAGAAUAAGCUAUGUAACCGUCUUGUUGGUUUUUGUUUAACUCAAAAAUGUGCUUUUUUAUGUAAAACACUAGUCAAUUAAUACUUCUAACACUACUUUGUAAUGAAGUGAAGGAGAAAAUAUUCAUAUUUCAUAUAAAGUCUAUUUAGUAACUAGGAGAUCUGGUGCGGUAUUCAUAAAACAUUUAAGUCAUUUCCUAACUUAAGUCAAUUUCGUUUAUAUAGAAAAAUAGUUUUUAUACUCAAAUUAAAAUACAUGAAUUAUGUUAUUUCUUCAUGAAAGUGUGCAUUUUGAAUUUAGUUUAUGAAGUAGUUUUAACAUUUUCAAGACCAAAUAUCAAAUGACCAAUGAAAUACUUAAAUUAGGAGGCUGACCUAAGAAUACAGGCCCUGAUCUAAAUAAGUAUAGUGAGUAUUCGGUGCUAAUCCAGUGGUGUAUGCACUAUAUCAUGUAUAUGAACUUGUUGUAUCUAUGUAUAUAAUGUUUGUUACAUCAUUCCUGUGAUACUGUUAAUAUGUUUUAUGUGUAUUGUGUGUGUGUCUAUGUUAUUGUAAGCUUAUAAAUAUUAAAUACAGAUUAAUUUACUUAUACGAUUUGGAAUUGCAUAUAUUAUUAUUACUGGUACAUGUAUACUGCGUAUAUUUAUGGAAAUUGUACAUGAUAUUCAAGUUGGUGUAAAUGAUCUGGCCCAAAUUUCUCGAAACUUCUUAAGCUAAACAGGCUUAAGUCACAUAUUUCAAUUAGCCAAAAUACAUACUGAAAAUGGAUUUUGAUAAAUGAAAAAUGGCUUACUGUCAUAAUCAUAUAGAUAAUUCCUACAUAAUUUCUAAAAAUUCUUGAAGAAGUAAAUAUAACACAUUUUAUAGAGCAACAAAAAUAGUGAGAAUAGCUUAAUCCUGUUAUAAGAGACUAAAGAAGUUUCAAGAAAUUGGGGCCUGUCUCAUAACAAAAACAUGUUAUACCCGUAUAUACUGUAUGUGUUCCCUCUUUUCUUCGAUUGUUAUAGAUGAUAUUAUAGAUGUUAUUUAUGAUGAGCUUGGGCGACUAUAAAUUAAUUGUUAGAUAUUUAGCCUCUCCCGCCCCCUCUUUCCCUUAAAUGUUACUACUCUUAAAAAUGUUGAAUUAGGGUCUAUAUCGGGCCAGGAAUGGCGUUAAUUCAUUCAUACGAUGCUAAUGUAUAACAUUCACAUGUAAAAAUUGCGAAUUGUUACGAUUGUGUUCGUGGCUUGUCUAUAAACACAUGUAUAUGGCCCCUAAUGCAAUAAGAAAGAGCAUGUACACACAUUCAACGGUGUAACAGUCAUUUAAGAAAAAUAAAAUGUCACCCCAACUCUCACCCCCAUUGAAAAAGAAAUUGGAUGAUAAUCUUGUAAUUAAUUAAUAAUGGCCUUACUAGAAAUAGUGAAACCGCUAGUUAUUAGGGUUUUAGCUAAAGACUUUUGGAAGGGUGCUAAACCCUGUCCAGUUUGGAUGCACCCCUCUGCCUUCUUGAAGACGAGCAUGUGCACAUUCUACCUUCCUGGGACUGUAUGUUUUAGAUAAUAAAUAGUAAUAUGCUUCGCUUAAAAGCUGAAUAUAUUAGUAUAAAGUCAAUAUAUCUUGCAGUUGAAUUCUCAAACGACUUCAAUUUAAUUAAUUUCUAACAUUUAUUGUGAAAUUAAUAUCUAUUCAAGUUCAUCUCCGCUCGAAACAAUGUGCCUUUUUACGCGUAGUACUCUGUCCCUUCUCAGCAACACCUUGCCCUUUUAAAACCUGGCUAAGACCAAAUAGUUAUAUCACAGACAUACGUACAUAUAUCCUAGGUUAUAUCUACCCACAAUAAUGAGAGUUCGACAUAGAUAGAUCAUACGUGUUAUUAUUUUGACAUUUGUUAUGUAUCCUUGCAACGAGUCUGCCAAGUACAAAACACGUCUGACAUCCAUUUAGAUGAACUAUGGUUAUAUCAUGCAAUUUUUUUUUGCUGCUCUGUUUUUCCCAGAAAAGCACCUCAUAAGAUAGCUUUGAUGUCAUUGUCUCCUUGUCGUCGGCGGUGUACAAAACACGUCCAACUUCUCAAAUUGAACUAAGUACACAUGUCUGCAGAAGCUAUUCCCACUUGUGUAGCGGACCCAUAAUUUCGGAUUAAAUAAUUGUCGAGUUAUGCCCCAUUUUAACUGAAAUCCCAACAACGGACGAGCAUUGCCAUUGGCUCGCGAUGAACUGGUUCAGUAUAAAGUCAAAUGUAAUAUGCUUGCUUUUGCACAUAAUUUAUUUUCCAUGGACGAUAUUAUGAUUAUUACUUUUUGGGCAUUAGGUUGACAGAGCUAUUGGAAUUGUGUGCGAAUUGCUGAAGGAUUUGCUUAAGAGUGCAAAAUAAAUGAUACGAA